GGGACCACCUGGGUGGCACUCCUGCACUGAGGCGGGCUGAGAGGAAUCGAGUGUGGUCCGGCCUCCAGAGAACCAGAGCUUUAGUUCACCUGCUUUUGUGUGUGCGCCGAGGAGGCGGCCGUGCAGCGCCGAGGUUGUUCAGGAAGGAAAAGCUUAACAGCAUUCCGAAAUACAAAACUGAUUCCCAUGGAAACAUCCUCAUCCUCUGAUGACAGUUGUGACAGUUUUGGUUCUGAUAAUUUUGCAAACACAAAAUGCAAGUUUAGGUCGGAUAUGACAGAAGAACUGGCAAAAAUUUUUCACGAAGCCUCUGAUGAUGAAUCCUUCUGUGGCUUUUCAGAAAAUGAGAUUCAAGAUGCAUUGAAACUGGAUUCAGAGGAGAAUGAUUCAAGUGCUGAAAGUGAGGCAGCUCAGAGAAGGCGGAAAUACCCUAUUCCUCUAAAAGUAGCCAUGAAGUUUCCACCUCGAAGAUCCGAGAGGGGGAAGCAUGAGAUAGAACCUCUUCCUGAAAAGCUGAUGCCUGCUCCAGAUUCAGACUCUGACUCUGAAGAAAAGGGUGCCAUGUUUUUAGAAAAAAGAGCUUUAAACAUAAAGGAAAACAAGGCCAUGCUUGCAAAGCUAAUGGCUGAGUUGCAAAAUGUUUCUGGUAUCUUUGGUGGGAGAAAAUCAUUGCCAGCUGUCAGUCAUGGACCAAAACGACUUCCAAGAUGUUCAUUGCCCAGAAGUGCUUUGAGGAGAAACCCAGACCGAAGUUCUCGGCCUCACACCAGAUCCAGGUCCCUGAUUGAAGGUCCUCCUACUCCUUUGCCAGAAGAAGAGGAGGAUGAUCGGUACAUCUUAGUGAGAAGAAGAAAGAUAUCUGAUGAGUUCCUGGAGCAUGAAGCCCAAACUCCCAGGAGGGGUCACCGUGGUGCCAUGGCUUUUCCACACGUUGUACGCCCAGUCGAGGAGAUAACAGCGGAAGAGCUGAAUAAUAUUUGUGGAUCUGUAAGAGAUAAAGUGUAUAACAGGGCCAUGGGAUCCACCUGUCAUCAGUGUCGCCAAAAAACCCUAGACACCAAGACAAAUUGUCGUAACCCUGAUUGUGUGGGAGUGCGGGGGCAGUUCUGUGGGCCGUGCCUCCGCAACAGGUAUGGGGAAGAUGUCAGAACGGCGUUGCUGGAUCCGACCUGGAGGUGCCCACCAUGUCGUGGAAUCUGCAACUGUAGCUUCUGCAGACAGAGAGAUGGCCGAUGUGCUACAGGUGUCCUGGUCUAUCUGGCCAAGUACCAUGGCUAUGACAAUGUCCAUGCCUACUUGAAAAGUCUGAAACAAGAACUUGGAAUGGAAGACUGAAGCUGUGACUGCCUUGGAAUUACAUACUCUUUCACCAAUGUAAUAUUGCCUACAGUGAAUUGUCUAAUGAAAUGAGAUUACAAAGCCAGUGCCUUCCUUCUCUCCCCUUUUGGGUAAAAAAGGAUAAAGAACUUUCACUUAUCUCAGUGCAAAUCAUACUUGGGAAAACUGUUUAAUGAAGGUCUUUGCCUACAGAUCAUUGUUUUCUUUUUAAACGACUUUGCAAAUCACAUAGCAUCAGUCCUUGCUUUCAUGCCAAUAAUUUUUUUUUUUCUUUCCUGAAAGGAGAUGGGGCUUUAAGUCAUUAGAGUUUUAUUCAUGCAGUGAUCUGUGCUGCAGGUUUAUUUAUCCUUUGAAGUUGAUCACAAAAAGAUUCAGAUGUUCUGAAAAUUCAAGGCACUGUUCCCCACAGAACCAAGCGGGGAAAGGUGUGUGCUUAACUCCAGGCCAACUUCUGCUGUAAUAAGACUCUUACUGAACAUAAAUGAUGAAUUAGAGGCUAAGAAUUCUCUAAAAAAAACAACACAUUCUUAAGUUCAAAAAGGAAGCCCUAAAAGUUGCAGCCGAGCAGUCUCCAAGCACUAAUAUUUGGUUUUAUAGAGUACUCAAAGUGCGCAUUGGCCGUUUUAAGGGAGAUUCUCCAAGUGACUUAAAAAUUGCAGCAGAAGUAGUUGGGGGUGGCACUUAGUAUUUUUGUCAGAUGAGAGGAGGCACCAGCAUUAGCCACUGGUGAUGCCACUGAUGUGAAGGUACUGGCAUAUAUUGUAGAGUGACUGCUCUGUCUAGGACAGAAUGAUGGACCAUUUGUAAAUUACUGGGUUUGUGGUUUCCCUUCUUCCUGCUUUUGCUGCAACUGCAGAACUGCUUCUUUGCAGAAUCAACACUGGUCCUGGGGAAGUGGGAUGCCUCCAGACCAGGGCUUGAUUAAGUAGAGGGGUAGUGGUUCGUGUGGCUAUUGGCCAACUACAAGUGGAUGAAAGAUGGUAACUUCCUGAAUUUGGUUAUCAAGAAAAAAGGCAAUGACUGUCACUGGAAUCAAAAGCCUGAAUUUUUUUACUUCUGAAAAAAAUUAAAAAGCAAGGACUUUCUAAGCCACAGUCCAGCUUAAAAUCAGUUAUUCUUCCAGUUGCGUGAAGCAGCAUAAAUGUAAAUAGAUAAUGUUCUCAAGAGACACCCUGGUUGUAGUAAAAGAUGAGGAAGAACGAUUGCCUCAUCAGAAAGGCUUUCAAAAAUAAAUAAAAAGGGAGAUGUAAUGGGUUGCGUGCAAGUUGUGAGCACUUAACAAAUGUGGUUAGUGCUGCGGUCUCCUCCUUAACUGUCCAGCUGUAUUUCUCUAUCUGGCUCUGCAUGACUGUAGAAGGAUAUUGCUCAUGAUGUUGUAAAUGAAGCAUGAAUGCUGCAAAAAUGGAGCUGAAGAAUUCUAAUGUGCUGUGUGUGGAUGGGGUCUUUUGUACUCAGUGCCGUAGGAAAGAAGGUGCUGUGAGAAUUGCAUCCGGAGAAGCGAACCACAAAGUGUAUAAAUGCACUUAGUUUGGUUAUGGAAACUGCUGUAUAGGCUUUGGAUGAGGAUUAGAAUGCGAUGUUAUAAAUAAUGUACAGUUGAAUAGUAGAAGAAUCAACUUGCUUUUAUUGAGCACCGGUAUUUUAUCAACUUCUCUGCUUGCCCAGUAUUUGCACUGUGUGUAUACAUAAUGAUCCACAGUUUAUACCUUUCUGGGAAUUACAUCAGUGUGUGGGAGGGGAGGAGAGAGGAAUCUAGAAACAAAAGAUAUUUAUGUCUCAGACUUGCAGUUCUGUUUCAUAAAUAAUUUGUCUUACUGAAAAUCUCCUGUCCUCUCUUUGUGUGUUUCUAUGGUGUGAAUAGCUGUGCAAUCUGAGGUGGUAAGCGUUCUACCCUCUAGGUACAUUUCAUGAAGAAGGAACUCUAAAAAUACAUGUUCUGACAGAGAAGACUGAUUUUUAAUUUUUUUUUUUCUUUUCGAUUUGCUGGGCUUGCCUUCUGAUUGCUAGAGUGUGAAAGGACUGUUGUAACAGCAAACCCUUGCGUCAUAUCGCGGAGACUGCUGUAUUAAGAUUUACUCAGAUCUACGAUGUUCUGUACAAAGUUUUUUAUUUUGAAAAUAAAAAAAUUCUGGGUUA